CUUCCUUACUCUGCAGAAGAAAACCUCUACGGUUGUGAAGCAUUUUGUGUUUAAUCACUGUGGAAAAGCCAUCAUCCUGACUCCAAAUAUUGUGGACAGGAAAACCUGCAUGGGAGAGAAAGCCUUCGAAUGCAGUGAUGGGUCAGGGUCAAGCAUGGGAUGAGUGGAGAGGAAGUGAGAUUUCAUCUACUAAUGUGAGACACCCUGAUUUCCUGACCUUUGCGGGAGAACAACACCCCGACACCUGUGCAGGACAUUCAACCUCAGGCCUUGCAGGAAGAGGGUGAGAUUGUUCCUUUUCACCCCUAUAUUUAGCUCCACACCCAUGCAAAACAAUCAUAUCAUGUGUCUGGAUCAAGCAUUGUCUGCUGUAGGUGACAUGUCCUCCCUCUGGGUUUGUCCUCCAAUCCAAGCGCUUGAAAAGUGAAAAACUCAUGUGACUGGCUGCUCCUGAUAAUGUGCGCUGCUUGAUGCCAUGACUGGCAGUUCCUGAAGGUGGGCUUUGGGUUCAGACACAGACAAAUGACUAGUACACCUAUUAUUCCUCUUAAAGGUGGCUUUACGGAGGUUCGUCUCUCCUCAGUUACUCCCCAAUCUUUGUCACCGCUGGGAAUUACAGAAAUUGAACAGGAUCUGUCGGGAUUUUUUUUUUUUUUUUUGCAGUACGCGGGCCUCUCACUGUUGUGGCCUCUCCCGUUGUGGAGCACAGGCUCCGGAUACACAGGUUCAGAGGCCAUGGCUCACGGUCCCAGCCGCUCCGCGGCAUGUGGGAUCUUCCCGGACCAGGGCAUGAACCCGUGUCCCCUGCAUCGUCAGGCGGAUUUUCAACCACUGAGCCACCAGGAAGCCCCCUGGAUUUUUUAUUGGCUCAAUUCUACCAGCUGUCAGUAAUGUCCUCAGUACAGGUGUACCAACUGCACCAUUAUUGCCACCAGAACUAGCCAGUCCCUCAUUUAUGUGCCACCAAUGAAGCCAGCUACUGCAUUACCAGGUCUGAUGCAUUUACCAGCAGGUAUGCCUAACCUCUGUGCCCUCCCCAGUCUUAAGCUUUCUGCACCCCACAUCAUGCCAGGUGUCAGUUAGCCAGAACCCAGGUUCUGCCUUCCUAGGACUUUAUCUAAUAGUAAAAACCUCAUUUCAGCCUCUGAUGAAAGGUUACACAGUUCUCAUGCUCGAGCAGCCUUGGGUUACAUCGUGUAUAGCCAAUCAGGGUACAGCUUAUUUUUCUUUUUUUUAAUAUUUAUUUAUUUGGUUCUGCUGGGUCUCAGUUGUGGCAGGUGGGCUCCUUACUUGUGGUGGGUGGGCUCCUUAGUUGUGGCAUGCAAACUCUUAGUUGUGGCAUGCAUGUGGGAUCUAGUUCCCUGAACAGAGAUUGAACCUGGGCCCCCUGCAUUGUGGGCGUGGAGUCUUAACCACUGCACCACCAGGGAAGUCCCCAGGGUGCAGCUUCUUGAUGACACUUUCUUGAGGCUAAUCAAACCAUUGUAAUGAUAAUCCAAAUCAAGCUUAAAACAAAGCCUGGACUGGAAUUAACCUCUGAACCUUCAUUUAUACAUAUUAAUAUAUGGAGUGACAUGUCAUGUUUGGUUCCUUUUUGUGUAUGCGUAUUGCUAUUUGGCCUAUCUGUUGACCUCUUUAAUUAUUGGCAGUGACACUAAUUAUCAGCAGAUUAGUCUUAACUCCCUUGAAUGCAGAGUAAUGGAUUAUAUACUAGCCCUGGAUGACAUUCUGAUUUUCUGGAAUAAGACCUAUAUUUCCAGUAGAAUUUGUUGCAGUUGCCUGAGUCUGAGACCUCAUGGGUCAUGUUAGAGGUUUAUAUGCAGGUUGGCCUCAUUCUGCUGCUUCGACUCCUAGUGAUAGUGUCAUCAACAAGUGCUCACUGAGAUCCACGAAGCAGAUUUCAUCCCAGCUUUUGUUCUUCAGUGGCUGACCAGAUGUCAUUUGCAUGUGAAAAUUCUCCAUAAGCCAAGUUGACGUGUCAACCAGGAGUAGCUUAUUGAAGACCCUCCUCUGUGCAUCGCUCUUGCCCCUGCUCAUCAUGUUGUACAUGUGAAUACAAGGCUAUGAUCCCUUUUUUUCUCAGAAUUGAGAAACACAGUGAGGAGCUUGGAAAGACGACAUCAUCUCUCCCAUUGAGACAACAAGCAGGCUUGGUUCGUGCUUCAAAGAAACAAAUAAAUUCCACAACCUCAGCAUUGCUCUCCUGUAAGACAACCCAAUGUAGUGCAGACUCGACAUGGGCCCUCUGUGUCACCCCUGAGAGACUCAGGGACAAAGAGACAAAGGGAACCAAUACAAACAGGCUAACUUUCCUUGGAGGAAGGGAAUAAUCAAGUCACUGGUCCAAAAGUAUUGGUGAUGGAGACGUGGCUUCCUGGAAGAGGCAGAACAGUAGUGGCCAGGCUGGGUGGAAAGACAGAAACGCAUCUGGAAUCCAGUAAUGAAAGCUCUUCCCCAGACAUUUGCCCAUGUUUGGGGCAAGAAGAGGGAACAAGGAUCCCUGCUGUCCUACUUCUUAAUGAGGCUCAACACAGACGCACCAGCGACAUGGGAGCAGGAAACCAUACAGGAGUAUCACAGUUCCUCCUCCUGGGCCUCUCAGACGAUCCUGACCUGCAGCCCCUCCUCUUUGGAGUGUUCCUGUCCAUUUACCUGGUCGCUGUGCUGGGGAACCUGCUCAUCAUCCUGGCCAUCAGCUCAGACCCCCACCUCCACACCCCCAUGUACUUCUUCCUCGCCAACCUGUCCUUUGUUGACAUCUGUUUCAUCUCCACCACUGUCCCAAGGAUGCUAGUGAACAUCCAGACACAGAGCAAAGGCAUCUCCUACAUAGGGUGACUCACUCAGGUGUAUUUUUUUUUUAUUUUUACUGUAAUGGAUAGUUUUCUCCUGACUGUGAUGGCCUAUGACUGGUUUGUGGCCAUCUGCCAUCCCCUGCACUACAUGGUCAUCAUGAACCCCCGCUUCUGUGUCCUCCUGGUUCUGAUGUGUUGGCUCGUCAUUUUCUGGGUUCCCCUGAUUCAUAUUCUACUGUUGAGGCAGCUGAACUUCUGUACUGGCACUGAAAUUCCACAUUUCUUCUGUGAACUGGCUCAGAUUCUCAAGGUGGCCUGCUCUGACAUCCUCAUCAAUAACAUCUUCUUGUUUGUGGCCACUGCCCUGCUGGGUGUGUUUCCCCGCAUUGGAAUCCUCUUCUCUUACUCUCGAAUUGUCUCCUCUUUAAUGAAAAUCUCCUCUGCAGCGGGCAAAUAUAAAGCAUUAUCCACCUGUGUGUCUCACCUCUCUGUGGUUUCCUUGUUCUAUGGGACAGGCGUGGGGAUCUAUCUCACUUCUGCUGUGACCCAUUCUCCCCAGAGAAGCUCCAUCGCCUCAGUGAUGUACACCGUGCUCACCCCCAGGCGGAAACCCUUCAUCUACAGCCUGAGGAACAAGGAUGUGAAGGGGGCCCUGGGAAGGCUCCUUGGUUUAGGUACCACUUGUCUGUGAGGGGCCACUGGCCUCAGAACUAAGUGGACACUGUGGGCUGCAAAAACAAAUUUUGUGAAUUUAUAUCUCCUGAUUUUCUUUUCCCUUAAAAGACAUGCUUCAUUUCUUCCAUUCUCAAAGCAAUUAUGACUUUGCUUUUAUUUGUGUUUGUAUUAGUUUCUGCUCAACACCCUCCUCAGUAAUUCCUUUUGACUUUUGCUUCCUAUUUGCAGCCCAUACAUUUCCAUCUUGGGCUGGGUUUCUUACAGCCAUUCUGGCGAUUUCCAACAUUAGAUUUGAAGCACUUAUACCACGUAUGGCAUGGUUUCCCCCCAAAUUAUCCUCUCAAAUGUUCAUGUUCUUCAUGUUAAUUUUUCUGUGUGUUUGCUUUUCUCUGGAAGAAAUGGAAUGAAAAUCACACAACAGUCAUAACCAAAGUGCUUCACAUACCAAGGCUGUUCUUGUUCUGUGUAUGUUUUAUGUUAUCUUGACAAAAUUUCAAAAGGUGUUUUCUCUCAUUUAUCUCAUUUUUCAAACAGAUUGGGAAUGGAAUAGAGUCUACCCUGAAAACCUAACACUAUGCCCACAUUCCUAACUUUGCUAUCCAACAUUUUCCUGAAGACUGUGAGAUUUUCAGCUUCAAGAGUGGGAAUCUAGUUUUGAGUUAGUUUUUUCACAUGAUUCAUAGAAGUAUAUAGCAUAGAAUAAUUAUGAGAUAUUGCUUCAUUCUUUGCCUUCUUUCUUCCUCCCUCCCUCCCCCUCCCUCCCUUCCUUUCCUCUUUCUUUUGUUUUGCUGGACCUUUAUUUGCUAUCAUUGCUGUUUUAAGAUAUACCCCAAUAUCCUAAAACAUCUAAUAAUGAAUGCAAUAGAAUAAAACUUGCUUUCUCUUGUGGCUUAUUUGGGGGGAGGGCACUCUUUGGAGGUGCCAGCAGGAGUGGUAAUCACACACCUGUGGAGUGUUUUCAGAACUUAGUCCACUUUUUGAGAAGAAUAUUGAUAGAAUUGAGUCUGCAGCAAAGGGUGGAGUGGUAGAAGCUGUCAGCAUUUCUCCUACAUUCCCUGGGAUCCCUUCACCAUCCCCACUGCACAGCAGCCUGACUGUCACUGUCAGCACCAGGUAGAACCUAGUUUUCCCAAUGUGUGACGGCAGACCUGACAGAGAAUUAUGCCCCACGAGGGACAGUUCUUGAUGGACAGGUGUGGGGUAUACUGUCUUCUUCACCCCUUAGCUGGGAUCAUUCUGAAGUUUGGAUUUUGUGCCAUUUUCCAGAAUUUCCCUACAGGAUGAAAACUCUGCUCACUCGUGUGCAAGCUAACUUAAGAUGAGCUUUAUUGGAUGUGUUUUCUGCCCUGUAUCACUUCCCUUUUCUCUAACCUAUGUUCCACGGUCCUUGCUCCUUCCAAUAAUGUGCUUCGACAUAAAUCCUUGAUUCGGCACCUGCUUCCGAGGAACCAAAGCUGAGACACGUGAUGAAGACUAUUAAGAAUAUCCAAACAAUACCAUGAAUGGAACAAAGGACUCUGGGGGCAAAAACGACAAAAACAAACACAAAACAAAUACUGGGUAUAUAGUAAGAUCUUCAAAUUACUGGAAAAUCGUAAUUUAUUAGUAAGGAAAAACAUAUUCAGUGGGGCUUUAAUUGAAUUUGAUUCCACUAAGUUUAAUCCAUAGUGGGUUUUUUUAAUUUAUUUUUUUCUGCAGCAGGUUCUCAUUAGUUAUCUAUUUUAUGCAUAUUAGUGUAUAUAUGUCAAUCCCAAUCUCCCAAUUCAUCCCACCACCACCCCCCGCUUUCCCCCCUUGGGAAAGAGAUAUUCAGUGUGGCUUUAAUUCAAUUUGAUUCCACUAAGUUUAAUCCAUAGUGUUUUUAUUGCCUACUUCAUAUGAACAAAACUGGGGACCAAAGAGGUAAACAUGUUGCAAUUCAGAGUGGUAACCAUAAUAAUAUUGGUGUGUAAUAAUGCAUGCUGAAAACAAAGGUAGAACUUUUCAAUUCACCUUGAGUGAGUCCAGAAUAAAACUUUUAAAAAUUUAUUUAAUAGCUUUAUUGAGGGAUAAUUUAUAUAUCAUGAAAUUCAGCCAUUUAAAGCAUAAGGGCAAUAGUUUUGAUAGAUUUUUACUUAUGCAAUCAUCACCACAAUCCAGUUUUAGAACAUUUCUGUCACCCUAGAAAGUUCUCCUGUGCCCAUUUGCAGGUAACAUCAACUGCCACCUCAGUCCUAGGCAGCCACUUAUUUGAUUCUGUCUCUAUAAACUGGCCUUUUCUAGCUAUUUUAUAUAAAUGGAAUCAUACAAUAGAUGAUCUUUUGUAUCUGGCUUCUUUCACUUAGCAGAAUGAUUUUUCAUAGUUAUCCAUGUGAAAAACACACAUCAGUAUUUUGUUCCUUAUAAUUGUAGAAUAGUAUUCAAAUGUAUGGCUGUGCCACAUUUUGCUUAUCCACGGAUAUUUGGAUAUUUCCAGUUGGUCAGUAAACCUGUUCAGACACACACACCCUUCACUGAUGUGCUGUAUUCAUCCUGUGGUGACUCUUGGCACUCUGGGUCAGAGGGAAGGUCUGGAGGCCAUGUGAUCUACUCAGGACACCGGAGUCCGAGGCUAAAUCUGCACCCAGGGCUCCGGAGCGCCUGGCCUCACACCUGUAUGCAGACAAUUAUUGCAAAUAUUUUGGGUAUUGGAAGCUAUCCUUUCAACUGUAAUUUUUUGAGAUCUAAACACAAAUCAGUUACAUCUGAUGAAUAUAUAAUAUCCAGUGAAUUUUGAAUACUUCAUAUGAAGGAUUUAAAUAGCUCCACU